AUGGUCUAUCUUCGCAAGAAAUUAGGGGAAAAAGAUGCCAGAGAAGUAUAUGCGCACCGUUUGGGUACAGAUCAAGAUGAUGAUGUACUCGUAUACGAAGAGCCGGACGAAACAGUUUUUGUAGAUGUUACUAGCACAAAAGAUUCAAAAUAUGUAACAAUCAAUUCUAAUUCACUCGCAUCUUCUGAAAUCCGAGUUGUCGAUGCUAUGUUUGAUUUCUCCACUGGCAGCAUACCAAAACUGCAACUCAUUGAACCUCGCAAGGAGGGAAUAGAGUAUUAUGUGGACCAUCAUGAUGACACCUUCUAUAUCUUAACAAAUGCUGAUGGCGCCACCAAUUUCAAACUGACAAGAGCCCCUGAUGGACAAGUAGAAAGAGAAAAUUGGAAAGAUGUCAUCACUAUGGGUUCUACGGAAAAAAUCGAAGAUGUAGAUGUGUUUCAGAACCACAUUGUCGUCUACGGUCGGCGUGAAGGUCUACCCAUGAUUCUUUGCCACAAUUUAGAAACCUUAGAAACUCACGAUGUUGAUUUACCAGAACGAUUCUGUGUGCUACAACCGGGAACAAAUCUGGAUUUUAACACGGACACUUUCCGAUUCUCAACCUUGUCGCCUUUUGCCCAUGAAUCAACCUAUGAUUAUGACAUGCAGUCCCGAAAACUAAAGCCCGUUCGAGUACAACCCGUUCAUCAUAUGCAGCUACAUGGAAGAAAUCCGGUAUUGAUGCGAUCUUACGGUGCCUAUGGUGUGUCGACUGACCCUGAUUUUCGUAUCGAACAUUUCCCGUUAUUAGAGAGAGGAUGGGUAAUUGCUCUAGCCCACGUGCGUUUCAAAGAUUUCAUUUCCGUCGCAGAUUAUCUGGUCAAAAGCAAAGUAACCAGUCCUGAGUACCUAUCUGCGAUAGGAACCAGUGCUGGCGGCCUCCUUGUUGGUGCCAUGCUGCAUAUGAGACCAGAUCUUUUCAAGGCACUUGUUUUACGAGUCCCUUUUGUCGAUCCAUUAUCGGCCAUGUUGAACCCGGAGCUCCCGUUGACUCAAGUGGAAUAUCCCGAAUGGGGUAAUCCAUCUAAAGACCCCAGGAUGUACGAUCUCAUUGAAAGCUAUUCACCCUAUGAGAAUGUCAUGCGAUCGGACAAUCCCAGUAGCCAGCAACAGCGACCUUCGCUGUAUGUCACAGCUGGCAUGAAGGAUCAACGAGUCGCCUACUGGCAACCUUUAAAAUUGAUUGCUAGCCUAAGGCAGCAGCAACAGCAGCAGCAAAAGGAGCAAGAGUCAUCAUCAUCUUCAAGCAACGCCGAUAGCAGUAAAACGUUAGUCAAAAUUGAUUUGGAUCGCGGUCACUUCGGUGGUGGUACGGAGCAAGAAGUUCGGCUAGGUGAAGCAGCCGAGCAAGUUGCGUUCUUGAUUUCCCAAAUACAAAAGAGUUAA